AUGGCUAGUCCUCCUCAGCACAGUGACCUAGCCGGAAACGCCACUGUCAAUUCUACGCAGGCAAAUCUCAAUGCAUCCUUUGCUCCUAGGGCUAGGAAAGCUAAGGUAACUACCUAUUCUCAAACGGAAGACUCCCAUGAAGCUGCUCCACAGGAUCCUCGCAAACAAGUUCAAACCAUGUCACCGCUCGAGAAAAUGCAAUACGUGAUCGUAAUGCAGACUUUCCGAGGCGAUUGGACUAUCAACGAGCAAUUGCUUGAAGUCCUAUCUAACCACCCUACAAUGAAUUUCAACGGCGAAGCAAACGUCUUUUCCGCAACCAGAAAGGCGUAUGGCAGCCACGCAAGUGAACCCAUCCCAGAGAACUUGAUCAACGACGCUCUCGGGACAGCUCUAGCUAUCGCCUGGUUGGAGAAGGUCAUGAACAACGAGGAAGAAGUCUGGGAAAUGGUUGUCAAGAAGGCUAGAAAUUGGCUUGAAGAACAUAUUGGGAAGGCAAAGGCAGACAAGCUCAUUGAGGCGGCGAAGACAGUCUACAGAGUUUGA